AGCAUUUGCAGCUCUCUAAUAGUAAUUAUCGACGCAUUUCCUACGCUUCUCGAGCGCCGCCCCUGGACGACUCGUCACGCCCAAGAGGUUCUCUCUCCCCUGUCAAGCCAGCAGCACUGCUGACGCCCUUGUCGCCGUCGAGCCGCCGCAUGAUCAGGGUCUCGCGAGAAUGGCGUAUGCGGAGCAGCAGCGGUGGAUCACUGUCCAGCAAAAGACAUUCACAAAAUGGCUGAACACAAAGGUUGAGGCGCGCAACAUUGUGGUCAAGGACCUGAUCGCGGACCUCAGCGAUGGUGUUGUGUUAAUCCAUCUUCUCGAAUGUCUCUCCAACGAAUCCCUCGGUCGAUAUGCGUCCAAGCCCAAGCUACGUGUUCAACGAUUCGAAAAUGCGAACACGGCCUUGGACUUUGUCAAAUCGAAAGGGAUCCAGAUGGUCAACGUGGGCGCCGAGGAUGUUGUCAAUGGAAACCAGAAGAUUGUCCUUGGCUUGAUAUGGACCUUGAUUCUGCGCUUCACCAUCAGCGAUAUCAAUGAAGAGGGCAUGUCAGCCAAAGAGGGUCUUCUACUUUGGUGUCAGCGCAAAACAGCCUGCUACGAUGAUGUGGAGGUACGGGACUUUAGUGCCAGCUGGAACGACGGUCUGGCAUUUUGCGCUCUGCUCGAUAUUCACCGUCCCGACCUCAUCGACUUUGACACCCUGGAUAAGUCCGACCAUCGAGGCAACAUGCAGCGUGCGUUCGACAUUGCCCACGAGGAGAUUGGCAUCCCCAAGCUGCUCGAUGUGGAGGACGUUUGCGAUGUGCCCAAACCAGACGAGCGCAGUUUGAUGACAUACAUCGCCUACUGGUUCCAUGCAUUCUCGCAGAUGGAAAAGGUCGAAAACGCCGGGCGUCGCGUCGAGAAGUUUGUGAACAACAUGCAAGGUGCCUGGGAAAUGCAGAGCGCCUACGAGAAGCGAAUGAGAGCGCUUCUCAAAGCAAUCCAGGAGCAGGUCGAUUCGUGGCAGAACGCGGAGUUUGAGGGGACCUACGCCGACGCGAAGCGGCAAGCGAGCGAGUUCAACACAUACAAAAGGGGCCAGAAGCGUAAGUGGGUGGCCGAGAAAAGUGACCUGGCGACAUUGCUGGGAAAUAUCAAGACCAAAUUGGGCACCUAUCGUCUCCGACCUUGGGAGCCGCCAGCCGAUCUCACACUGGAGACAUCUGAGCAAGUAUGGAGCAGUUUGUCGCAAACUGAGAUGAACCGGGCGCAGCUCAUCAACGAGACCAUCCGAGACAUCAAAAAUGCCCUGCGCAAAUCUUUCGCUGACAAGGCCAACGAUUUCGCCAUGGCCCUCAACACCAUGCAGCUGGCGAUAUCGGGACUCGAUGGUGAUGUCGAGGACCAAUUGCACCACGUGCGAAAGCUUAGCGACAAUCUAGCACCCAUGGACCGGUACCUGGAGACCAUUGCAGCCGUGGACGAGAAAUGCGAAGAGGCCAACAUUGAAGAAAACGACUUCACCACAUACACUUACGACGAGCUUUCCUACGAGCUCGGGCUGGUCAAAUCCUCUGUCCAGAAGAAGCUUGCUUUCCUGGAGAAUCAAAUGGUGGCCAGGAGCAUGACAAACCUCACGCCUAUCCAACUUGAGGAAUUCGAGAGCGUCUUUCGCCACUUUGACAGGGACGAGAGCAACUCGUUGCAGGAGCUCGAGUUCGGAGCGGCCUUGGCGUCCCUGGGACUUGUCUUCUCAGAGGAAGAGAUGCACGAUUAUUUCAUCGAAACGUCAGCAGGUCGCGACUACGUCACGUUUGAGCAGUUCAUCCGGUUCAUGGUGAACGUGACGGAGGAUCAGAACACGGCGGAGCAGGUCUUCCAGUCCUUCCGCGAGGUCGCCGACGGCAAGCCAUAUGUCACCGAGAUGGACCUGCGACACAGUCUUGUGCCUGACGAGGUCAUUGACCACUUGGUGGGGAUCAUGCCUGAACACAAGGGUCCUAACACAGCAGAGGAUCGUGGGCUCCCACAGUACGAUUACAUAUCAUUCAUGGAGAAGAUGAUUGACGAGGAGCGAGGGCAUGAUGGCGCUGCCUCGAAGGGCCUGCAGGACAGGACGGACCGCAGCCUCAGUCCGCGAAAGGGAGGAGCCCUUAAUGGUAUUUAAAUAUAUGGAGAGCAGACAUGGUACCUGUCUCCUCACUGUCUGUUUUUGUUUCUGUCAUUGCUGGCGUGGUAGAGCGGUUCUAUAGCCUUCGUACAGUCCUUAUUCCUGGUAUUUUGUAAUUGCAUCAUUGCGGUGUUCGGGUUACACGGGUUGGGAGAGCCGGAUAUCACAAGCUUAUAUACCAGUGCGAGCAAGUAUAUCCUUUCAAAAGACAUAAUCAUUUCUGCCUUUUUGUUGACCGAGUAGGUACACACGUCCAUGAAGAAAACAUCAUUGCAGCAAAAGGUGUUAGCGGCUUUAUAAUAAACGACUGAUCUUAACAAUUCAGUAGCUCAGGAGCCAUAAGCAAUUACUCUCACUCAAUAAGAGCAUAGCCUGAUUAUUGCGAACACCAGGACCCAGUGGUUUUCAUGAAAGCUAGGCGAGCUGGU